CCGCCUGCACUCAAAACUGAGCGGCUCAGUCCUCACACAGCAUCAGCGGCUCACCGCGCCACCUGCAGUCCAGGUGGGUCGGUCUGACUCACCCUGCCAGGCUGGAUGUGCUCUGAUCCGGACCGGGUGAGAGUCGGACCAGCUGCUGGAGGAGAAACAUGCCCCUGCUGUUCAUGGACACCGGGAUGAGUGAGCUGAGCAGCCCCUGCGGCUCCCUGUCGGCGGAGGAGUACAGCAGCAGCACCUCUGCUCUGGAGAGAGAAGGAGAGGGGAACCAGCCUCGACCCAGAGCGACAAAGAGGCGAGAAAAGAACCGAGACGCGGCGAGAAAAAGCCGGCGCAAACAAACGGAGAGAGCAGAUGAGCUGCACGAGGAGCUGCAGAAUCUUGAGCAAUCAAAUUCAGCUCUGCAGAAGGAAAUUGCAAAGCUGAAGAAAGACCUUCGCCUCUAUGAGAUGGCGCUGGAGCGCCACAAAUCUCACUGCUGCCUCGCGAACGGCGCUUCGUCCCCAGCAGAUAGCAAAAGCAGCUCCGGGCCUCUGCAGGACUCUUCCUCCUUAAACACCAGAGGGGGUUUAAAAGCCUUCAGUGACCCUGAAAAGACUCGUCUCCCGUCUUCAUCUUCCUCUCCAGCAGCAUCAGCCCAGUCGGCUAAACUCCUCGUUACCUCGUCCUCAUCCACUUCUUCCUAUUCUGCUUCUUUCUCCACAAAUCCAGCUCCUCAUUCCUUGUUUUGUGAACCGCCUACCAGCUUCGUUCGAUCCCCAGCAGCUCAGCUACUGACAAACAACGCUAACACAACUGCCUCAGCAUCUCCAAGCCUUACAGACGUUUCAUUUUUAAGAACCCUCAGUUCUUCCUGUGCAGCUGCACCGGCAGGUCAAUCCUCCUCAGCGGUACAAAACACAGCUUUACCGAACCAAAGCAGGAAUCUGCCUCAGUUUCCACCCUGCAGGUUCAGUGGAAGCAGUGAUGUGACCUUGGUGACCUCUCCUCCUGCUGCUCCUCCGGCCUCCAUUGAAGGUUACGAUCAACAGGUUUCUCCGGCUCCUGAGUCCCUGCUGUCCCUGCUCACAGUGCCCAGCCCUCUGAUUCACUGUCAGACCACCUUUCAUGCACCAGCACCAGCCGCCUCUAAGGACACGUCUCUCUCUGAGCUGCUGGAGGUCAACGAGUGGAUCCUGAGUGGCUUCGGCAACCAGUAGCAUCACAGAACAGCUGCUUAUUUUUAUUACAUUGAGAGAAGUCCAACUGUAAGACACAACCAACGUCUCGCACUACAAAAACACAAAAUCACGCAAAGUAUUUUUGGGCCCACUUUCUAGUGCAAACAUCUCAGUUAACUUUAAAUAAGAUAAAAUUAACCUACAAGUUAAGAUUCAGCAAGAAUUGUGUCUUAAAGUUGUUUAGCAUCAAAUCCUAUCAGGUAUUUAUAGCAUAGAGUCGUCAUAUAAUCCCAACAAUAAGAUCAUUUUCUAGUCAUUUUUACCAGGGAUGUCAUUAAUAGUAAACCUUAAAAUAAAAAUCAUUUUUAUUUCAGCAGUAUAAUUUUCCACUUAGAUUUUCAGUUACAGUAAUGCCUGAACAAACACUUUUCUGCUCUACCAUCACAAAUGUAAAUAGGAAUAAAGUUUGCUAAAGUCCUUCUUGGGGGGCUGCAGAGGGAACGGGUUGCCCAGGGCCCAAUUUAUGUGAGAACCGCCACUGGAUAAAGCAGAAAAAGCUCUUUCCUGGUAUUGAACUGGUAUUAAUGAUCUCAUAAAAGACCAAGUUAGUUUAAAUAUUUUACACGUUUUCCAAGGCUGCUAAUACAUCUGUAUAUGAAAAUGUGAGCUGGUAAUAAAUAAGUAAAGCUGCAGCUUUCAAAGAAUAAAUCAACUUAACAAAAGAAGGGCGAUGUAUUCAUCAGCUCCUGUCAGGCCUUUGCCUGAUUUUGUUCCUGUUCUGUUUUGAGCCCAAUUCUUCUUACUUUGCCCUCCGUUUGAACAGAGAGUUCUCCUUUGGUCGACACCACAGAGACCUCCAGAAAGCAAGACAAACGACUCAUCAGGAUCCAUUUAAGAGAUUUCAAAACUUAUCGGAAGGAAUCUAUAAACGCAGUAUGGUUUCUGAGAAAGUUUUGCACAUAGUAAAAUCAAAACAAAGAGUUUUAUUACUCGUUUGCCAAAAUCUAGGGAAGAAAAAACAUGCCAAACACCAGAUGUGCUUGGUGCCUUUUUCGAUCUUAUUUUUCACUCCUAGCAAUCGAUUAAUCUGUCGCUUAUUCUGAUAAUUAAUUGAUUAAUCAGAUAAGAAAGUCGGCACAUUCUGCAGAUUUUCAUCAGUCUGUUUUAUACAACAUUCGAAAUACAUUAAAAUUAACUCUCUUUUUUGAGUCUCAAACUUUGCAACAUCAACUGAACUGAGUCACUCUGUUUCUAAGAACUACAGAUAACUCGGUCCUGGUCGUCAGCUGUUUCUUAAUUUAUACAGAAACAGUUGGGUCUGUGACCGUUAGAGUCCGAGCCGACGUGCAGCGGCUGCGCUUCCCUGCAGGUUCGUGGAAAUGCAAUUUGUAGAUAUUUGCAUCAGAAGCUCCCAAACUGAACCAGACAGCUGUGGCUGCACAUUUUGUAAACUUAUUUUUGCAUCUAAAGACGCUGAGGGAUUUGUCUUUCCUGUCUGCUGCUUUUUAUUUCUGCACUGCAAAAUCCAGUUCCUCAAACACUACAGAGUGUUUUAUCUCUGCUUUAGGACAAAGCAGUGCGAUCUGAACUAAUGUGGUUUCAGUCGUCUUGUCUGUGCUGAAGCAGGUACCAGAUGUCAACGUGACGGUGAAGAAACCUUCCUAUGACUCAUGAGUCGCUGCAGCAGCCGACACGCCAGGCGCCCGCCGCCUUGAGCUGACAUGCACCACCGAACACUCAGUGAUCCCACCGGGUUGUUUUGUCUCAGGUCAUAAAACACAUUUUGCAUCAACUAUUUUUCCAAAUUUUGCAUAAAUAUGAGAGUAACGCCCAGUCGCCAGCGUACAUAACAAAUAUUUAUUAUUUUCUGAAUGUUUAACUCUUUGAAUGGCCGUUUUGGCCACAAAAAGUGGAUGUUAUCACGAGAUUUUUCUGAGGAGGCAAAAAUAAUAGUAACUUUAGAACAUCAGCGAAAGUAGAAAACAGAGUAAACUGCGCCACCUGUGGGCCAACGACACAAAGUGACCUUUUUAAGAUAAUUAUGGAAAUCAACAUUUAUCAGAUAAUAUUAAGGUUUUUAACCUCAUAAAUGCCUGUUUUAGCAAUUCAACUAUCUUUUCUUUUAAAACAGAAAGUUUUUUCUUUCCUCUUAAAUAUUCAAAAGUUUAGUAGUUUCAGGUCAUUUAAAAACUAAAUAAAUUUCUCCAUUUUUUCAAAUUAAUGAUCUUAGUAUCAGCUCCCUUCCAACAGCAAAAAUGAUCACAGUUCUGAUCUAUUUUUACAUUGGAAACGAAUUAAAAAGUCUUCAGAAAGUUCAUCCAUUAUUACACAUAAAAACAAAUUUGCCUUGUGGAAAAUAAUGAAACAAAAAUCUGAAGGGAUUUCAACAUGAGGAAAUAAAAGAAGAGAUACAGAUUGUUCAGUUUAGCUCAAAAAAAGCCCAUGAAGGAGAAACAUCUCUAAAGAAAAUCACAUUUUUACACAUUUCAUGCAUUUUUUUUGCAUCAACUCAAGUUAAACAGAUUAUGGAUUUAAUGUUAGAAGAUCUUCUGAGGAUUGGAGAGGAAAACAUUCACACUCCAAAUAAAGCAGCCAUGUUGGAUGCUUUGAUUUAUAUGUCAUUAAUUUUAUUUUAAGGAUUGUCUCAUCAACCAGAACUUGCCAAAGAUGCUGAAUGAGUUUAGUUUGCAUGAAUGAGAGGUUUUUAUGGACCAUUUAAUUAUUGAACAAUUAUCGUGCUUUGGAUGAAAAUGCUGCAUUUACUUUGUUUUUCACUGAAUUUCAAAAGGCUAGUGCUUUUAUUUAAGUGACAAUUUAGAUUUCUCUAAUGAUUCAUGUUGAUUAAAUCUGUAACUACAUAUGAAAUAUAGAGUUUAUGGAUAUAUACUGUAGAUUGAGAGGAAAUAUAUGGGUUUAUAUUAACAAUUUAGUGCGUUUUUAAG